GGCGGCAGUGGCGGCUGCGGCGCCGCCGCCGCGCCGGGCGGGGCGGCGGUAGAGGCCGCCGAUGCUCCGGCGGCGGCGCACGCGUCCGCAGAGGCGGGUGCGGGCGAGGCCGGCGGGGAGGGUUCCGCGGGCCCAGAGGCGCGGGGCGCGGGCACGGCG